AUGGCAAACUACUUUAAGUGUAGUACAUCAAGAUUGUGCGAAGCAAAGAAAAUAAUUGAGAAAAACCCAAAGAAUGAGAACUAUUUAUUGGUGUCUUAUUCUGGUGAACACAACCAUAAACCUCCUACAUAUCGUAGAUCUCUUGCUUUAUAUAACAAUAGUUCCAAAAACAAACUUCCAAAAAGCAUAAAUAUUGUGCCCAAAGCAUUAAACUUGAAUGCAUCAUCGUCCUCGUCCAAGCGUGCUAAGCAUUUAAAAGUUGACAUUUCUUCAAUUAGUCAAACUGCAGCUACACUUGAAAUUGAGAGAAAUAAUAAAAUGGUUGAUGUUGUCAAAGAGAACAAAGACGAUGGUGAAGAGGAAGAGAAUGCGUAUGGCAAUUUUUUCAUGGGGUUUGAAGAAUUCCAAGAAGUUACUGCUUCCAUCUUAUGGGAAUGA